AUGGGUAUUCCAAAGUUCUUCAGGUUCAUCUCGGAAAGAUGGCCGUUGAUCUCCCAGUUGGUCGAAGGUGACCACGUCCCCGAGUUCGACAAUUUGUACCUUGACAUGAACUCGAUUCUUCACACGUGUACGCAUUCAAACGUACCCAGCUUAAGCAGAAUGAGCGACGAUCAGAUAUAUGCCGCCAUCUUCAAUUACAUUGACCAUUUGUUCGAUAUCAUCAAACCCAAAGAGGUGUUCUACAUGGCCAUCGACGGUGUGGCUCCAAGAGCUAAGAUGAACCAGCAGCGUGCGAGAAGAUUCAGAACGGCGUUUGAGGCAGAGGAAAAUUUGAAGAAGGCCAUUGAGUCUGGUGCAGAAAUUCCCAAAGAGGAUCCGUUUGACUCAAACGCCAUCACGCCAGGUACAGAGUUCAUGGCCAACUUGACAGACAAUUUGAAGUAUUUCAUUCACAAGAAGAUGACCGAGGACACUCGUUGGUCAAGCAUCAAGGUGGUGCUUUCGGGCCAUGAGGUACCUGGUGAAGGUGAGCACAAAAUCAUGCAGUUUAUUCGAACCAUGAAAUCGCAGCCCAGCUAUAACCCCAACUUGAGACACUGUAUCUACGGUUUGGACGCCGACUUGAUCAUGUUGGGGAUGGUGACGCACGACUCGCAUUUCUCGUUAUUGCGUGAAGAAGUGACGUUUGGCCCUGGGUCGCAAAAUAAGAGUAAUGACGUUCACGACCAAAAGUUUUUCUUGUUGCAUUUGUCUUUGCUUAGAGAGUACUUGGCGUUGGAGUUCAAGGACUUGGAAAACAACAUUUCGUUUGAGUACGACUUUGAGCGCGUCUUGGACGACUUCAUUUUAAUUAUGUACGUCAUUGGUAACGAUUUCUUGCCCAAUUUGCCCGAUUUGCACAUCAAUAAGGGUGCGUUCCCGCUUUUGCUUGGAACAUUCAAGCAGGCCAUGCUUCAUUCAGACGGCUACUUAAACGAGGGAGGUAAGAUUAAUUUCAAGAGAUUUGGCACCUGGCUCGAGUACUUGUCAGAGUUCGAGUUGGAGAACUUUGAGAGACAGGACGUUGAUGUCGACUGGUUCAACAAGAGGUUGGAAGAGAUCUCUAUCACCGGUGAGAGGAAGAGAGAGCGUUCUGGUAAAUUGUUGGUUUUGAAAGAUCAAAAGAAGCUAGUCUACCUUUUGAAGCCCUACUUGUUGGAAGUGGGCCAGCGUCCAAUCAAGGAGCUUUUAGAGCUUGCAAACAACGAAGAAUUACCUACGCUUCCUUUACCGAAAGAUGAAGUGGAAAACCAUAUCGAAUUUUUGAAACAAUUCGCUUUGGAAGCAGGCUUCCUUAUAGUGCACUCGAAGUCCAAGGAUACUUACGAAGCUAUUAUUGACGUUGACGGCAUCUCACCUUACGAAAGCCUUGAGGAUUAUGAAGAGAGAAUUGCUGACUUGAAGAAGGUUAUUAGGAAAUACCAGUCGGCCAACAUGUUUGCUACUGAAGAGUUGAUGAAGGAGACUAAGGACUUGUAUGAUGAGAAGUUUAUGGAAUGGAAAGACAAAUACUACAGAAACAAGUUGAAGUUCUCCAUUCAUGACAAGGAAAAGAUGGUUGAUUUGACAAGGCAUUAUUUGGAAGGUUUACAAUGGGUGUUGUAUUAUUACUACAAAGGUUGCCGUUCUUGGAGUUGGUACUUCAGGUUUCACUAUGCUCCAAGAAUUUCCGACAUUUCGAUUGGUAUAAAAGACAUGUUGGAGAAGAACGAAACGGAGAUUCAAUUCGAGCAGUCGACUCCUUUCAAGCCAUUCGAACAGCUUAUGGCAGUCUUGCCUGCUAGAUCACGCAAAUUGAUGCCUGAUGUUUAUAGACCUUUGAUGACUGAUGAGCAUUCUCCAAUUAAGGAUUUCUACCCUCAUGAAGUUGACAUCGAUCUCAACGGAAAGACUGCUUCGUGGGAAGCUGUUGUGUUGUUAGAUUUUGUUGACGAGAAAAGACUUCUUGAGGCACUCAAGCCUAUUGAAGCAAAGCUUCUGCCAGAAGAAGCCAGAAGAAAUGGCCACGGCAAGGAUAUUAUCUUUAUUUUCAAUCCUCAGAAUGACUCGGUAUACCCAACACCACUCCCGGGCUUCUUCCACGAUAUCGAACAUGACAGGUGUUAUGAGGAGCAGUUCGAGUUGCCUGAUUUAGACCCUGACUUCAAGUUUACUCUACCAGAAGGGGCUAAACUAGGAAAAGAGCUCUUGGCCGGUUUUCCUACUCUCUAUACUUUGCCGUUCACUUCUGAGUUAUACUUGCUGGAGGUUAAGAUCUUCAACUAUCCAUCCAGAUCGGAGUCAAUGAAUCUUACCAUUGAUAACAUUUGGAAUGAUAUUUCGACGGAGCAAUUUAGCCAAAGAUUCUUGGGGAAGAUUGUCUACAGUAAUUGGCCGUUCUUGACAGAAUCGAGAAUCACUGAAGUUUGGGACGGAGAAUACAAGUAUGAGAAGAUAAAGUCCGGCCAGACCCGGAAGUUUGUUUCCAAUCAGCUUACUCCAGACGAACAAAGAGAGUUCAAACAAAUGUCUUCAAGUCUUCGCGGUGAAUAUGCCAAGACCAAGGCCGUACACCUCGAAACCAUUGAAGCAAUUGUGUUUGUUCAACGUAUCAAGGGAAUGGUAAGAGCUCAGUCUGGUGCAUAUGUCAAAGCCUUUAGCAAUGAGCUGGAGCCAUAUCCUAUACAAAUGAUUGUUGAGAGCGUUGUGAACGAGGAUGAAAGAUUUGCAGUCAAGCCUCCGAUGCCGAUUGACGAGGAGUUCCCUGUCGGAUUGCCUGUCGUAUUUUUGGGAGCGUUUGCCUACGGCGCCCCUGCUACCGUUGCCGGCUAUUCCGGAAAUGAUAAGAUCAACAUAAGAGUGGAGAAAAUUCAGUCUCAGUUGGAACCAACAAUUGGCAAGAAACGUGUCGAGAUGGAAGCUCAAGAAAUCAGGUACCUCACAUCGUAUGAUGCAGCCAAGGUGCUUAAAAUAAACGGGUUGUUCUUAUCCAAGAUCACUGGCGCUUACAUGCUCAAAGACAAGAAGGGUGGGCGUACUAAUGUGGGCUUGGAGAUCAAGUUUGAUGCCCGUCGUUUGAAGGUUUUGGGCUACACUAAGAAGAAUGGAAGAUUCUGGGAGUAUUCUCCGUUGGCCAUUGAAUUGAUCAAAGAAUACCGAAGUAAAUUUCCAAAGCUAUUCAACAACCUCCUUAGUCUCAAGGACCGUCGUGACAUGCCUCUUAUCGACGAAGUGAGCAAUGAGGAGGAAGUGAAAGAAGUGCGUAAGUGGUUGAAGCUGGUUAAGGCUGACAUGAUCCAGGUGUCUUUAGAGUCAGAGUCCUUGACGAAAUUCAGUAUUGCUGCAAUCGAGGAGUACAUGGAGGACUACAUCAGCAAACCACUUCCCUUGUCAAAUAAGGACAUCAAGGGCGUGCCGAAGGAAGCCAUCAUCAACCCGAGCGCGUCAUACCAGUUGUUGGGUAACCAAAGAUACGACCUUGGGGACCGAGUGAUCUACGUCCAGGAUUCCGGUAAGGUUCCUAAAUUGACCAAGGGUACUGUUGUGAGCAUUACUGCUGUUGGCACCAAGACUUCUUUGGGGGUGGUGUUUGAUAAGCCUCUUGUGAACGGUAACAAUAUGAACGGGAAGUUGAAGACGAAUAGAGGUAUGAUUAUAGAUUCCUCACUUGUUUUGAACAUCACCAAUAGACAGUUGGUGUUCCACUCAAAGGCCUCCAAAACGAAAAAACCUUUGACUGAUCAAGAAAAGGCUGCCAGAGCCAAGCAGGCUGAAGCUGCUAGAUUGAAGAAGCUUGCUGAGGAAGAGAAGGCAAGAAAAGAACAAUCCUCCAAGACAACGAAUGAAAUUCUUUCAAUUCUCAGAAAGAAUAAGGAGGUCGAUGCGAACAAUCUGGAGAAGACCGAGGAGAAGGCUGAAAAAGGCAUUGAGCUCAACGAGGCCCCCUCACAAGAUCCUAGUCGCGCUAGACAGAUAUACGGUCAGAUUUAUCAGAAGAUCAUGAGUGAAGGAGGGCUGGUGAAUGGUAAUGUGGCUGUACCGCCUACAUUCAGCCAACGUCCGAUUAUAGCAGGCGGAGCGGUUCCCAUUGUGCCUGGCGUCCCAUUGCCCCCACAAUACUUCCAGCAGCUACCACCUCCACAGCAGCCAAUGCCAGCUCAUUUGACCAGAAACGAACCCUCCGGCUCUUCAAACCAACAUCGCCAAAACGGCCCUAGCAGUUCGCAAAGAGGUGGUCGUGGUGGUAGAGGCGGCAGAGGUGGCAGAGGUGGAGCCAGGGGCGGCAGAGGUAGAGGCCGUGGCGGCAGAGGAGAAUCCUCAGCUCAGCAGAGCAGUUAA